AGAGGUGGAUCACCCACCUCCGAAGCCCCUUUGCUGAGUGUGGAAGGGCCGAGGGAUUCAGGAUGUUCCGAGCAUGGCGAGUUUUGUGCUCCCGGGCGGGCCCCUCCGCGGGGCGCUGGCAGCCCCUGCGCUUUGACGGCGGAGCCUUCCACCUCAAGGGCACAGGCGAGCUGGCGCGGGCGCUGCUGGUGCUGCGGCUGUGUGCUUGGCCCCCUCUGGUCACCCAUGGCCUGGCGCUCCAGGCCUGGUGCCAGCGACUCUUGGGUGCGGGACUCUCGCGCGUGCUUCUCAGAGCCUCCAUCUACGGCCAGUUCGUGGCUGGCGAGACACCAGCCGAGGUGAGGGGCUGUGUCCAACAGCUCCAGACCCUGGGCCUCCGGCCCCUGCUGGCAGUGCCCACUGAAGAAGAGCCAGACUCAACUGUCAAGACCGGUGAGGCCUGGUACGAGGGGAACCUCAAUGCGAUGCUGAAGUGUGUGGACCUUUCACGAGACCUCCUGGAGACCCCAAGCCCAACGGGAGAGAUACUCAUGCAGCUGAAGGUGACAGCACUGGCCAGCACCCGGCUCUGUAAGGAGCUCACCUCAUGGAUCGGAAGGCCAGGGGCGCCCGCAGAGCUGAGCCCCGAAAGGCUGGCAGAAGCCAUGGACUCUGGGCAGGAACUUCAGGUUUCCUGCCUCAACUCGGAGCAAAACCGGCAUCUACAGGCCUCUCUGAGCCGCCUGCACAGGGUGGUACAGCAGGCCCGAGGCCGGCGCGUGCGGCUCCUGGUGGACGCUGAGUACACGUCGCUGAACCCCGCGCUCACGCGGCUGGUGGAGGCGCUGGCCCUGCGCUGGAACAGCCCGGCGGAGGGCGGGCCCUGGGUGUGGAACACCUACCAGGCUUAUCUGAAGGACACCCCCGAGCGCCUCAAGCAGGCCGCGGAGGUCGCGGAGCGCGCGGGCCUGGCCUUCGGGGUGAAGCUGGUGCGCGGCGCCUACCUGGAGCAGGAGCGAGCGGGGGCCCGGCUGCGAGGGACGGAGGACCCCACGCAGCCCCACUACGAGGCCACCUGCCAGAGUUAUAGCCGCUGCCUGGAACUGAUGCUGAGCCAUGUGGCCCGCCGUGGCCCCCUGUGUCAUCUCAUGGUGGCAUCCCACAAUGAGGAGUCCGUGCACCAGGCAACCCAGCGCAUGUGGGAGCUGGGAAUCCCUUCGGAUGGGCCUGUCUGUUUCGGGCAACUUCUGGGGAUGUGUGACCAUGUCUCCCUGGCCCUGGGGCAGGCUGGCUACGCUGUGUAUAAGUCCAUCCCCUACGGCUCCCUGGAGGAGGUGAUCCCCUACCUGAUCCGGAGGGCCCAGGAGAACCGGGGUGUGCUGCGAGGUGCUCGCCGGGAACGGGAGCUGCUCGGCCAAGAACUUCGGAGGCGGCUGCGGAGGGGUGCAUAAGAGUCCUCCAUCUGCACCACCUGG